AAUGACACUUGCGACAGUUGACAAGAUGAAGGCCAUAAAGCAAAUGCUGCUCGGAUUAAUAAUAUUGUUCCAGCUGCUCCAACUUGGACAUGGAUUAGAGUGCUAUGCCUGCGAUUCGGCCGAGGAUGCGGAGUGUGCCACAAAUCCGGGCCAACAGCUGGAGGUGGAAGAGUGCUCGGUGGCCAAUGAUGUGUGUGUCACCUCGAUUACGGCGGGAUUAACGCGACGCGGCUGCCUGCGUCGCCUCUAUCCGAAUGCCUAUUGUGCCGAGCCCUGCGAUCGGUGCAGCACAAGUCUCUGCAAUCGUCAUGUCUAUCCCGUGGAUCGUCUGCGUUGCUAUCAAUGCAGCGGCGCCGACUGCAUCGAUGUCAGUCAACGGCCACAGCUCCUGUUGCCGUGUCCCGUCUACAAUGCAGACGAUCGUUGCUACACCAAUGUGUUGCAUCUGAGUAACACACAACGCGGUUGCGAGCACACAAAUCUGCCAGACGGUUGUCCCCAUGUCUGCCUCAAGUGCAACUACAAUGGCUGCAACGCAGAGUUGACAGUUGGCGAGAGUCGCUGUUUGCAGUGUACACACAAUCGGCUCUCGCCGAACCCCGAUUGUCAGCGGAAUCAGCAGCCAGAGACGGAGGCGGAGGCGGAGCAGAAAUGUGCCCUCAACAAUGCCACAGUGACGCAGUGCGUCAACAAGGUAAUGUACGGACAUCGCGAACGCUGCUACACGCAUCUCAAUACCCAAACGGAUGUCCUGCAACGCGGCUGCUCCACCACAAUGGGCUUCUUUCCCACCGGCGAGCUGAGCGAAUGCUACGGCGACAACUGCAACUCGCAGUGCCAGAACAUUGCCUGUGCCACCUGCAACUCCACCAGCGAUGCCAAUUGCCGUGGGGGGCAACGCUUGAGUAGCAAACAGUGCGUCGAUGGCACCAAUGCCUGCUUCUCCUGCGAGCAAGGUUAGGGUGAGUGGGGAUUAAAGGAUUAAGUAUUGAUAA